UGAAUAGAGCGUGAACGUGUUUUUUCUAUCAAAGGGGAAGGCGAAGAGAGAGAGGGCGAGUGGCGUGAGAUCAGGGGCACGGUCAUUGUAUUUCUAUGGAAACGCCGCGCUGACUGACAGAGGUGAGUGGAGGAAAAGGUGGCGGCGUAUUUGGAUGCGUUACGCGCACGAGCCCUGGGUUCCCAUCUUCGUUCCUCUAUGUCAAGAUCGCGAAAACAAUCAGGCACAGUAUAUACGAAGUAGCUCGAAAUCGUUUUGAAGCUGAUUUCUCAAGAAGAGAACCUUCAAAAAGUGGAGAUGCCACUGGCACAACUAGUUGACCCUUGGCGAAAGAUGGCAAUCGGCAGCGCGGCGAGCGAGACAGAGCCUCAACACGUCUUGGAGGACUCCACAGGAGACGAUGAAAACCUAUCAUGUCAAGAAGAAGUGUCUGUCAAAGAGAUCAGCAUCACACAUCAUGUUAAAGAGGGCUCAGAAAAGGCAGACCCAGAACAGUUUGAGCUCCGUAAGGUGCUCGGACAGGGCUCUUUCGGAAAGGUAUUUCUGGUGAAGAAAACUGUAGGCCCUGAUGCAGGACAGCUGUACGCAAUGAAAGUGCUGAAGAAAGCCACCCUGAAAGUACGGGAUCGGGUCAGAACUAAGAUGGAGAGAGAUAUUUUGGUGGAGGUUAACCAUCCCUUUAUCGUGAAGCUACACUAUGCAUUCCAGACCGAAGGAAAGCUCUAUCUGAUUUUGGACUUUUUAAGAGGAGGGGAUCUUUUCACUCGCUUGUCAAAAGAGGUGAUGUUCACAGAAGAGGACGUGAAGUUUUAUUUGGCUGAACUUGCUCUGGCUUUGGACCAUCUGCAUGGACUCGGCAUCAUCUACAGAGAUCUGAAACCAGAGAACAUACUCCUGGACGAGGAAGGCCACAUAAAGCUGACAGAUUUUGGACUCAGUAAGGAGUCGAUUGAUCAUGAAAACAAAGCAUACUCUUUCUGCGGGACGGUGGAGUAUAUGGCCCCAGAGGUGGUGAACCGGAGAGGACAUACAUACAGCGCUGACUGGUGGUCCUAUGGUGUGCUUAUGUUUGAAAUGCUAACCGGAACGCUGCCCUUCCAAGGCAAGGACCGCAAGGAAACCAUGACCAUGAUUCUAAAGGCCAAGCUUGGAAUGCCACAGUUCCUAAGUGCCGAAGCUCAGAGUCUCCUCCGGAGUCUUUUCAAACGAAAUCCUUCCAAUAGAUUUGGUGCUGGUCCAGAUGGUGUUGAAGAGAUUAAGAGACAUCCCUUUUAUGCUACCAUUGAUUGGAAUAAAUUAUUCAGAAGAGAGAUUUAUCCACCCUUUAAACCAGCCUCUGGCAGACCAGAUGACACAUUCUACUUCGACCCAGAAUUCACAGCAAAAACUCCCAAAGACUCGCCAGGUGUACCCCCCAGUGCCAAUGCCAAUCAACUCUUCAGAGGUUUUAGUUUUGUGGCUAUCAGCUCAGAGGAGGAGUCUCAGCCCCUGCAGAGCAACAGUAUGACUUCAAUAGUUCAGCAGCUUCACAGAAAUGUGAAUCAGUUCAAUGAUGCGUACGAGGUAAGGGAGGAUAUCGGAGUUGGCUCGUAUUCUGUCUGCAAACGCUGUAUACAGAAGAGCACAGGCAUGGAGUAUGCAGUGAAGAUAAUCAAUAAAGCUAAAAGGGACCCAACGGAGGAGGUGGAAAUUCUGUUACGCUAUGGACAACAUCCAAAUAUAAUCACACUGAAAGACGUUUACGAUGAUGGGCGUUCAGUCUAUCUGGUGACAGAGCUGCUAAUGGGCGGAGAGCUACUGGAUAAGAUUCUCAGACAGAACUUUUUCUCCGAGCGAGAAGCCAGCGCUGUGCUUUAUACCAUCACAAAAACUGUGGAAUACCUGCAUGCUCAAGGCGUGGUUCACAGGGAUCUGAAGCCCAGUAACAUUCUUUACGUUGAUGAAUCUGGGAAUCCAGAAUCCAUCCGAAUCUGUGACUUCGGCUUCGCUAAGCAGCUGAGAGCAGAAAACGGUCUACUGAUGACGCCCUGUUACACUGCUAACUUUGUGGCUCCAGAGGUGUUGAAGAAACAAGGUUAUGAUGCUGCCUGUGACAUCUGGAGUUUAGGUGUUCUGCUGUACACAAUGUUGACUGGAUUUACUCCAUUUGCGAACGGACCAGAAGACACACCUGAGGAGAUUCUGGCUCGGAUUGGCAGUGGGAAGUUUUCCCUCACAGGAGGAUACUGGAAUUCAGUUUCAUCUGAAGCCAAGGACUUGGUGUCUAAGAUGUUGCACGUAGACCCCCAUCAGAGACUAACAGCUGCACAGGUGUUAAGACAUCCCUGGAUUGUUCACAAAGAGCUCCUCCCCAAAUACCAGCUCAAUAGACAGGACGCCCCUCAUCUGGUUAAGGGGGCGAUGGCUGCUACCUACUCUGCCUUGAAUAGGAAUAUUCCUCCAGUACUGGAACCCGUGGGUUGUUCUAUUCUUGCCCAACGCAGAGGGGUGAAAAAACUGACCUCCACUGCUCUAUGAACACAUACCUGCCACCUCCAACCCUGUGACCUCCAGCUUGGUUCGAGCACAGCCUCGGUUUGCUUGCUGCCCACCUAGCGUCAAGGCCCCGGAGCCAAGCGUUGAUUCUGAGGACCCCUGGUGGACAAUGAAAAUCUUCCUUCUCUACAUGGGCCACCGAAAACGUUGAACACCAGUACAAUCAUUGCUGUCUCCAAACACAAACGGCUGAAGAAUGAGCAUCAAACACUUUUGAGUAUACAGUAUGAUGCGUGAUAAUAAACAUGUAUACAUACUGUAUCUCAAUUGUUCUGUAAAGCUAGGAAAUCUGUGCAUUUAGGAAACGUGGGGGAUCUUUGACACACUUUUUAGUGUGGAUCUAGUUGAAUAAAGCUCCAGUUGUAUGGGGUUGUUACAUAACGUAUAAGUUCUGUGAUUUCAGGUCAACACUGAAUGUUAAAACUUUGUGUUCUUAACUUAAGUCUUUUGCACUUGUCCCCUUAUCUAAACUCUGGAAAGCCACCAACAUCAUACGCUGAUGUUGUACAAAGAUUACAUACGCUGAACCAUUUAUUCAGCAAACCUGGGAAUUUUUUUUCAGUCAUUCUUAACUGGGAACCAUCUGAAAAAAAAACUCAUACAAGACUAUGAGAGCAACCGCUGACGUCUAAAUGGUUUUAAUGGUUGUAGCUGCUAGUGUUAGCCCUACAUUCUUUAUACACAUUUACACGUGAAAGAGGUCCAAAGCACAACAUUGCAGUGGAGGCCCACAUAUAAGCUGCACAGAAUGUCUAACUGAGAACUCAGGUGAAAUGCAAUACAAAACAAACCAUAACCUGGGAUAUAUAUAUACAGCUGCAUCCCCGCACCUAUUACCUGCUGACCUGUGUAUUUGUUGUACGUAGAAAAGUAUUGAAUUGCUCAGAGAUAUGUAGUGACUAUCAGGUGACUACUUAUAGCCUUGACAAUUUUUUUAUAAAUGUGCAUGGCCAAGAUGCUGUAUUAGCUACUAGCGCUGUGGAAGUGAGCAUGAUUGAGGAUGUUUACCCUUCUUUUUGAACCUUAUUCCUUGCAGGCUUACGGUUGUUUUUCCUGAUCAAGUUUCAUUUGUUGUACAUUUUCUUUUCAUCUCAGUUGUCUCGGACGAGUGCUGGAAAAAUGUUGCUGUCCAUGUAAACGAGCUGCUAUGCUGUUCUUUCUUUUUGUACAGAUAGAAAAUAAAGGUUUGCCAUUUUUACAAAAAUAUAUUUG